AUGGCACCGUAUGAGGCACUAUACGGAAGACCAUGUAGGACUUCGAUAUGCUGGAAUGAAGUUGGUGAAAGGAAAUUACUAGGUCCAGAACUUGUGCAACAGACAUCAGAUAAUGUUAAGAUUAUAAGAGAUAAUCUUAAGACAACUCGAGAUAGGAAAAAGUGUUAUGCCGAUAAGCGGAGAAGAGAAUUGGAGUUUGAAGUUGAGUUAUCUCAUAUUUCUGAUGCGUUUCAUGUGGUAAUGCUUAGAAAGUAUGUGCCAGAUCCUACCCAUGUAUUGCCUGAGCAACCAGUACAGUUGAGAGAAAAUUUGUCUUAUGAAGAGGAACCAGUGGAGAUUCUUGAUAGAAAGGAACAUGUCUUAAGGAAUAAGACAAUUCCAUUGGUAAAGGUAAGGACGGGAACAGACCAGUGA